AUGGCGUCUGCCAACUUUUUGGAAGAAGCUCUUAAAUCAGACGUCGAUGAAUCCGCGGUGAAUGCGAUCGUUGGUACACUGGAAAACCAGCUGGACGCGAACACGGACGAAGUGCAACAAGUCGGGAGCGUUGGCAAGCCCGGUGCGUACGGGAGUGGCGUGAAAAAUCAAUCUAGUGCACCAGCGGCCGUGGCGGCAAUCGUGUCAAAUGGCGGUACGGCAACCAGCAGCGCAUCAGCGGCAGCAACGACUACGACGGCCAGUGAAACCCACGUCGGCCAAGCGGCCAAGCCCGACCUCGGUGGCCCCGUUACGAAUGGUGAAAUCGUAGUGUCCCGUGCAGCGGUGCACGUCAGUAACAGCAGCAACAACAACAACAAUACUAUUACGACCAAUAACAACCUUGGCAAAACGUUUCUAGUGAACGCUAGUGUGAACAGCAGUACGAUAACGACACCGACGGUGGCUAACAAGCCCACCAUCAAGUUGGUCGGCGGUGGUGUGGUGUCGUUGCCAAGCGGCGUGAGCCUGCAGCAGCAAUCGCAACAUCAGCGGAACACGGUUUCCUCCACGGUGAUUGCUGGUGGCGGCGGUGGUGGUGGAGGUUCCACCGGCGGAGGAGGAAACAUCAACAUCAUCAGCCACCAGAUCGUGGUGCCGCCGGGUGGUCUGUCCACCGUGGGACAGCCCCCUCCGCCGUUCAGCGUUCCUCCGCAGCAUCAUCUCCAUCACCAAGUGUUGACCACGUCGGCCGGCGGCGGUGGCGGAAGUAUCGUUCUCAGCAGUAGCAACCACCAGCAGCUUCAAACGGCGUCGAAUAUGCCAAAGAAUGAGCCUGUGAAGCUGGUCUACCCUGCUGGCGGUCCACAAUCGGCGGUGCUCAACAUGAACAACAAUCGCGUGACGCUAACCCAGACCGGGUUGCCCAACGGGACCAUCUCGAUGUCCCAGCAACCGCAGCUGAUUCAAACGAUCGGAGGCGGCGCCCAGAUCGGCAAAGCAACGACGACGGCCACGCUCCAGCAGCAGCAGCAGGUAGGCGGUGGCGGGCAGCCGGCGCCUACGUUGAUCAUCAAAAACCAGCAAACCAACGCGGUCAUGAAUCCCGGCACGCCGGGCAUCGUGACGGUUUCGAAGCCGAUGAACAAUCAGGCAACACCAAACAUAGUCGGUUUACCGGGUGUACAAAUUGUAAAUGUUAGACCUGGCGCACAACCCUCACAAGCACAGCAAAAAACUGUUGCCGCUGUAUCACCUAGAGUUGUCAUUGGUAGCCAGCCAAUAGUUAGUACUAGACCACCAAACGCAAGCGCUAUCACAUUAAGUGCCCUUCAAGGACAGCAAGGCUCGACGCUACUACUGAAGAAUGAACAAGGCCACUUCCAGCUGCUCCGGAUUGGUCCGGCUCCGACCGGAACACAAAUCACACCCGCCAAUCUGACGGCAUCGUCCGGCAAUCAAACGAUACGGUUGCAAACUGUACCAGCUGUAAGUAGGUUUACCGGUCCACCAUUAGCCCUCCGAAAGACCAUUGUCACCAGUCCGCAACAGGGGAAACAGAAGCAAAAUACGCAUUCAUCCGGCUCCGGAGCGAUUAUCGUAAGCUCGCAGUCGAUCACGACGGCGCCGGCGAGCUACAUCUCAACGCAACCAACUCCGGUCGCUUCGGUGGCACCGGUACCGGCUCUGGCGGCCCAGCAAAAUAUCACCAUUACGCCCUCGUCGACGCAGCCAAUGCUUGCUACGCAGCAGCAGCACACCGUGGCUGGCGGUGGCCAGACGCAACAACCGACUGUCGUCGUGACUACGACUCCGCCGGCAGCUGCACCUACACCGCAGCAGCGAAACUCCUUAGAUAAUACCAAAGAAAAGUGCAGCAAGUUUUUGACCAACUUGAUCGAGCUCUCGAAGCGCGAACCGGCCAAGGUGGAGCAGAAUGUGCGAACCCUGAUACAGGAGCUGGUGGAUGCGAACGUGGAUCCGGCGGAGUUUUGUGAGCGACUCGAGCGGCUACUGAACGCCAGUCCGCAGCCUUGCUUAAUUGGUUUCUUAAAGAAAAGUCUACCACUGCUACGGCAAUCGCUAGUAACUAAAGAGAUUACGAUUGAAGGUAUCAACCCACCAUCGGCAUCAGUAGCUUUCGCUGGCACCGCCUUAUCCCAAAUUCCUGCCCAAAUACGGCCCGUAGCGCCGACGAUUGUGUCGCAGAGCAGUAUGGUCGGUCAGACGCAGAUUCGCAUGCUAACAUCGCAGUCAGGAGUGACGACCGUACCGCGGAUCGGUCAAACCACCAUCCGACCGGCGGCCCCGGUGCGAAUACAAACGCCGUUGCAGCAACAAACGACGAUAACCGGAGGUGGGACCACGAUCGUUGGGCCGCCUCGGACAACGAUGACGGCCCAGCAAAUACGACCAAACGCGACGACCAUUGGCCACACGACUAUCGUACAGACGAGUCAGCAGCAGCUACCCCAAACCAUCUCCACAACACCUCCCGCCUUGCUACCGAUCCGUGCACCUUCCGGCACGUCGAUAACGCGCACGGGGGCCACCUUGCAGAUACGCACCACGACGCCGGUCACGUCGCGCACCGUUACGUCGGUCGGUGGGACGACGAUGACGGCGGCGGCAGGCAAACAGAUCCUUCAAACGCAAGUUAAUCAAAUCCGCAGCCAGGCACCGGUGGCCUCGGUAGCGGCGGUGGCAGCAGCGGCUGCGGCCGCCGCCUCCGGCUCGUCGGCGACACAGGUUAAGCAAGUGACAGCAAUUACCGGCGGAGGGAACGUGGUGGUUAGUUUGAGCCAGGUUCCGCCUCCGAUGCAACCGGUGUCCGCAUCGGCGGUGAGCGGAGCCCAGACCAUGCCUGCGCUGACGUUGACGUCCGCGGCAGCGACUGCGGCGGGGUUUGGUGCGAGUAGUGUCACCGGCGGUGGUGCCGUAGCGGCAACGGUCGUUGUUAACUCUUCGCCCUCAGUGUCCGCGGCUACGACGGUGGGGGCAGCAGGUCAGGCAACGACGGUGGUCAGCACAUCCGCGAGUAGUGGUGGCAGUGGCGGAACGGCGACAGCACCUAGCCUUACGAUUAAUAAAAUUGUCACCGCCAAAUCGCAGAACCUCUCGGGGCCCGGGUCAGCGGCGUCCAAAAAGAAAGCCAGUGGGUUCACGGCAGUAUCAUCGGCCGGCGGUGCUGGUACGGACCAGGAAGUGAGCAAGCGGGCGGGAGCAUCGGCACAGUCACAGUUCUACCAUCACCAUGCGUCCAUGUACGGCGAGGACGACAUCAACGAUGUGGCCGCUAUGGGAGGCGUCAAUCUGGCGGAGGAAACGCAGCGAAUCCUCGGUUCUACCGAGUUCGUCGGCACGCAGAUCCGUUCGUGCAAGGACGAGGUGUUUCUGCACCUGCCGGCGCUUCAAUCGCGCAUACGCACCAUCAUCGCCCGCCACGGUCUUGAGGAGCCCAGCAACGAGGUGGCGGUACUAAUAUCGCACGCCUGUCAAGAGCGCCUCAAGAACGUCGUCGAAAAGCUUGCCAUCGUCGCCGAGCACCGGAUAGAUAUUAUUAAGGUUGAUCCACGGUACGAAGUCACGAAGGAUGUGAGAGGGCAGAUAAAGUUUCUCGAGGAGUUGGACAAAGCGGAACAGAAGCGCCACGAGGAGCAAGAGCGCGAGAUGCUAAUGCGGGCGGCCAAAUCACGCUCGAAAACCGAAGAUCCCGAGCAAGCCAAACUGAAGGCGAAAGCAAAGGAAAUGCAGCGAGCGGAAAUGGAGGAACUGCGGCAACGGGAUGCUAACCUUACCGCUCUGCAAGCCAUUGGCCCGCGGAAGAAACCGAAGCUAGAGGAAGGAUCGUCCACAUCUGCCACCCCGGGAGUGUCUGGUAUUGGGUCACUGAGUGGGAAAGCGCCCACUCCGCUACGGCCACGGAUCAAGCGAGUGAAUCUGCGUGAUAUGCUGUUCUACAUGGAGCAGGAGCGGGAAAGCUGCCGAAGUCAGAUGCUUUACAAAGCCUACCUCAAGUGAUCGAUCGUGUUGAUGACGGUGGUUGUGGCAUGGUUGCUGCAAGUCAGUCCCGCUUGGCCAGGUCGUCGAAGCCGGGCUGGCGGAGAGAGGCUCUCGGGAAAGCGCAACGAAGACGAAGACGACGUGGAAGGUACUAACAUUAAUAGAAUUAGAUUUUCAAUGAAGAAUGAUGAUCUUUGUGUCAGCUGAUCGUCAUGCGAGCAACCCACAGCAGGAUGAUGCAGUUGCGUUCAGGUUCGUUUUGUGCGCGUGUGUUUGUGUUGCGUGCAUUAGUAGCGAGACUCAGUUGUGCUGUUUCGGCCGUGCGAACAAGGGGAACUUUAAAAUAAAUUGCAAAUACCACGGACACAGCAGUCAGAAGCUCCCCAUUUUGGUUACGCACUUUUUCCGCGAUCGGCGAAACGAUUGAAAUAGUAGUAGAAAAAACUUGUACAGAAAAUAGUAAGCUAGAUACUGCAAAUGGUUAUAAAACACCGUCGGGAAGUGGGGAAUAGAUUGGUAAAAGCGUGUGCGCUUAUUUGCGUAAGUGCGUGGAGCGAAAUAGCAAAAGGAGUCGUGGGAUAGAACUGAUUUUCUAUGUUUUAAAUGAUAGGAUUCCUAAACGCUCCUUUUUCUGCGGUUGUUGUGUGGUGGUCGCUGGUGGUGCUGUCGGCAGCAGCAGUGGCAACCAAGGAAUGUCUCUGUCGCAUCCUAAAAAGAAGCGCGAGGGCUGCGAAAGUUCAUCGAAGAUUCAUCGAUAUUUUGGAAUUACUAACCAACCCAACAUCCAACAUCCCAACCUGUGCGCAGGGCAUGGAAAGCAGCGCAGUUUGGCGUGCAGCGUAAAGUGAAAUCAGAUUGACCAGUGGUCGUGUCUGCUGGUCAAAAGUGUCCAACCAUGAAAAGUGGGUUUUUCAUGAAAUCCUGAACAAUAUUGGAAUAAUUUACUAGGUUUGCAGUCAGCAAUGAAUUACAAAGAACGUUGAAAACACUUUUUAGCAAACGAAUUACGAUGCUAACCUUUUUUGCGAAUCGACGACAAUACGCAGACAUUUUCAAAGAUGGUGCAGCACGACAGUGUGUCAGAGUAUGGGGUCCACUGAUUGGAACAUAUUUUCUUCGGUUGUUCGGUUAGGCAACAUAUUUGACCUGUGGAAAGUAAGCAUGCGUAAUAGUGUUAAUAUAUAACCUGCAGCAGCUCGCGUUCGUGUGCUUGUGAUAGCUUCGGGGUCAGAGUGUGAUGUGUGUGUGUGGUUGCGCGUGUAAAUAGAUCGAAUUAAAUUUUACGACAGCUGAAAUAGUGAAAGAGGAUGAAAGUAGAACUAACAAAUCGUUAAGCGAAGCAUGUUAGGCUAGUCUCCUCUUUUUAGUUGAUUAUUAGUUAAUGAGCUUCGUUAAAAUAUAUUUUCCCUAGAGCUUGUAUUUACACGGAAAGUGUGUCCAUUGUUCAGAGAGACAGAGAGAUCAUCGUUCAGUUUGCAUUCAAAUUCAUCAAAAUUUUUUCACUUAAGUCAAAGGUUCGCUAACACAUAGUUUCAUAUUAAUUUAAUUGAACCGCGACUUGUCUCCAUGUUCGGAUCCGGGUGUUUGUUAUUCUUUUGCCACAAUUACAGACCAAAUAAAACUGGGCGCUACAAUAAAACCACAUCCAAAUACCGCGCUGCUCGAUGAAGAAGAACCCACACACAUAGACGCGUAAACAUCGAGUGAUAUGAAGCGCGAUCGGAAACAGAACAAAUAGACAUAAUAACAUAGAGAAGUGGAAUACAAAUAGGUAAAAGUUGCCAAGUUCAAAAGUAGAAGGCAAGCAAAACUCUGGUGUCUAGUAAUUAGGGUGGAGACCUCUAGCGAAUUAAGAGACAGAAACGAGCGAUACAGGCAUUGAGAGAGUGGUGAAAGGCGAACAGGGAAACAGAACUUCGUCUUAAGAAAGGAUUUGUGACAAGAAGAAACAAAUGAAUACCACGUGUUGCUGUUGCGGCAGGUGAAAAAUUCCCAAGUCACUGUUAUUCGGUUAGCUCUUACACUUGUUUUGUAAUUAUUCUUUUAGCUAACGGGGCGAUAGGCAAGGAAAAAGGGGGUACAUCAGCGCACGCGAGGCAUUAUUCACCACACUCCAAGCAGUUUCUUCCUUCCGCUUUUCGUAGCGUUUCGCACGUGCUGCAUCUUUUGUCUGUUUAUAGAGCUAUUAUUUAUAACAGUAUGGGUGUACAUUUUCGACCAUUUCAACCUUGCAGUUACGAAACAAUAACGAGUUGCAGAGCGAGUGAGCGAGAGAGCGAGAGAGAUGGUAGGUGUUCAACAACGUGUUGUGUGCGUCAAAUUUAGCAUAUCUUGGAGGUCAAUUGUUUUAGUUGCGCAUCUCUUGUGUUCAUCGUCUUCUGUUUUGUUGAUUGUGUUUCAUGUUUUCGUUAUUUUUAGUUUUCUCAUAUACGUAAUUUUGUGGCGCUUUUUUGUGCGCAAGAAAGGUGAAAAAGAGUGAGAGGAAGAAACGGUUCCGUGGAGAAGCAAUGUGUGUGCCGUGCACAACAAUA